UGAUGACGUGUUUGCGCGUCGACGGUUUCCGCACGCGCCGCCGAGCAGCAAAGAUCUGGAAGCUUCUGGAGCCGCGAUGAAGGGUUUAUAUUAGCGGUGUUUCUGAAACCCGAGCACGUUAUUAGUUCUGCUGCGGGAAACUGUUUGACACACGACCGUGUAACGGGUACCGCUACUAAACUUUGGCACACAGCAUCUACAAACAUGGCAGAAGGCAGAGGUAACAGGAAUCACCCCCGCAAUUUGCAAGGUGUGCUUCAGAUGGCUGUGGAGGCCGGUUCUGCGUCUGAAGGUCCUGCUCCACGAGAACCCAUGACACAAGAGAGGAUUGAGUUUCUGCGAGGAGCUCUUGCGGAAGUGUGUAAAGGACAGAUGGAUGAGGUCGAGCAGAUGAAACAGUGUUUGGAAGUGCUGAGUAGAGAUCAAUGCAGAGGGAGAGGGAGUGAGGAGGAGGAGGAAGAGGAGGAUGAGCGAGAGGAAGCACUGGAAAUGCUUUCUGAGCUCUGCGAGAACUUGGACAAUGCCAGAGAUCUGAUGAAGCUGGGCGGGCUGGAUCUGUGUAUAUCACGGUGUCUCUGUCACUCCGAGGCUGGGAUUCGAUGGAGGGCGGCUCAGCUUAUUGCCAGCUGUGCCCAGAAUAUGCCAGAGGUGCAGGUCUACCUGUUAAACCAGGGGGCGCUGCUGAAACUCCUGCAACUCACAGAUAACGAUGCAAACAGCACAGUUCGAGUUAAAGCACUCUACGCAGUGUCCUGUUUAGUCCGGGAACAGGAAGCAGGUCUGCGGGACUUCCUGUCACAUGAUGGCUUUUCAGUGCUGAUGAGGGGGAUGCAGUCGGACAGCGAGAAACUGAGAACUAAAUCAGCGUUCCUUCUGUUAAAUCUUCUGACCAGUCAUCCAGAACACAAAGAUACGGUGUUGUCUAUGGGGAUGGUUCAGCAGCUGGUGUCAGUUCUUCGCUCGCCUCAUUCCUCUGUACAUGAACAUGUGCUUGGUGCCCUCUGCUGCUUGGUUGAGGACUCUCCCCGUGGUGUGAACGAUUGCAGAGAUGCAUCGCUUGGUUUGGAGGAACUGCUCAAGCAGCGAGUGCAAGACCUAAAGGGCCGAGAGGAGAGCCUGGAGGAACUGGACUGUUGUGAACGGUUAAGAGCGGCUUGUUUUCAAGGGCAACCCCAGGAUGACAAUGGGAUGGAUCGCUGAGGUCUUGUUGGUGAUUCCUGCUAUGCAGCGCAAACACAAAAGAAGCAACCGGAGUUUGAAUUUGCUCUCUGUUCAAGAGAGAAACAAAAACUUGAUCUAGAAUGAUGAAGAGAGGAACUUUGAUAAAGAGAAAAAGAGACGUUGAACUCUGAGUUUUUCUGAGUUUAGUUUGGCGAUGUGUGCUCUUGAAUAAUCCUAUACCAUGAACUGUACACAAACACUCGUUAUGUUAUCAAUAUGUACAUUUUGUAUGUACAUUUGUUUAUUGUAUGUGUUUGUUAUUGUCAGUUAUGUGCUGUUUAGGGUCAACUUUAAAUCCUCUUUACACCUGAACAACUUUACAAAUGCAAAGCCGUUAUGCGGAACAUGAUCUAAAAAACAAAACAUGGCAGUGAGUUUCAAGAUCCAGAUGCAUAAAAACGUUAUGCUUUAUGCCUUUUUUUUUUUCAUAGUAAAAACUAUCAUUCUGUGCUUUGAAUGUAACUAUUGAAGUAAAACAGCCACAAUAUGA